CUGAGUAGCGAAGUCUGCCUCUCGACCCAUCACAACUCAGAUUCUGCUUUGCGCGUCUAUAUGAACCGCCGUUGCUCCGACGAACCAGUGGAAACCCCCCGAUCGGAGAAAAUUGACUCCGAUCGGAAGCGGAAGACGUCAGCCGACCACCACCAUCACCACAACCACCACGACAAGCACAAGCAUGGAAGUAGUAAGAGGACCAAGACGCCCUCGUCCGAGAAGGUUAGGGCUUCGCACAUUUUGAUUAAGCACCAAGGCUCUCGCCGUAAGUCGUCCUGGAAGGAUCCCGAGGGCCACCUCAUCUCCGCCACCACCCGCGAGGAAGCCGUCGCUCAGCUAGAGGGGCUCCGCGCGCAAAUCGUCUCCGGCGACGCCACCUUCCAGGAACUCGCCAGGCAGCACUCUCACUGCAGCUCCGCCAAGCGUGGCGGAGAUCUUGGUCCAUUUGGGAAAGGUCAGAUGCAGAAGCCUUUUGAAGAGACAACAUUUGCACUACAAGUUGGGGACAUAAGCGACAUAGUGGACACCGACAGCGGAGUUCAUAUCAUUCUGAGAACUGCCUAAUUGCCUGCUGGAAGCUUGGACCUAUUACAGAAAAUAUUGAAUAUGCUGAUGUAUUUUCAUUACCAGACAGGGUAACAUAAUGGAUCGUAUUACCAUCCUAUCUUAUUACCUUCCUAUAAAUUCCUAUGGUGAAAAAGUAGAGAAUGUCUAGUUGCACUAUAUGACUCAUGCAUUGCAAUUUAACAUGCAUUAUGCUACUUUUCAAGGAAGUUGUUAGAGUUUCAAAUGCGGGUAUACACAUAAGGUAGCUUAUGUC